AUGUUGAUCGAUGAGAAAACUCAUGGCAAAGUAUUUCCAUUUGAGAAAGAUGGAUUAGACACAAGAGCAACCUAUGAAUGGAAUUUUCGAUAUAUCAAAGCAUCUUCUGAACUAACGUUAGAUUAUAAAAUUGAAAUCGAGGAUUUUGUUUGUUAUUGUGAUCACAAUAUUGUUGGGACAGGAUUUUGA